AUGUUACGUCAAUUUGAGCUUGCUCGCUCUGUGCAAUUACGCCCUUAUAAUGCAAUCGCAUUCUCCGGCCCAAUUGCUGUUUUUGUUUCUGUAUUUCUAAUUUAUCCACUAGGUCAGUCUGGUUGGUUUUUUGUACCCAGUUUUGGAUGA